AGAGAAAGUCGGGUUACUUUGGUGGAGAAGUAACCCGUCUACUGAUCAAUGGAAACCCACUACUGAACCUCACGGGACUCUUAUCCAAGGAGUCGUCCAAUCUCAUACCACACGGUAGUUUUCGGGAGGUGCGGAAAUGCACCUACACCACGUCCGACCAUGGUGACUUGGAGGUAGCAGUCAAGCCUAUAAUGAUUGACGUCACGGACGACGAUUCCAAGGCCAGAAUUACCCAAAAACUCUUGGACUAUUUUCGUGCACGAAUGCAACUGCAACACGAGAAUAUUUUGCCUUUGCUCGGUUUCAGUGACGACUUUGGGCAACUCCCAGCGAUGGUUUCCCCUUGGAUGCACGACGGCUCGCUUAUUACCAUAUGUAGUGAACAAAAGUGGACCAUCGAACAUAAGUUUGAAAUCUUGCAGCAAGUCGCUGCAGCCAUCAGCUACCUCCACUCGAAGGACGUUGUUCACGGUGACCUUACCGCCAACAACAUUCUAAUAGAUUCCGACGGCAACGCCCGCGUAGCAGACUAUGGGAUCCUCAUCAUGCGUUCCGAGCUCUCGGGUACUUCAUACGUCGGAAGCAUUAACGUGCGGUGGGCUGCUCCAGAGCUCUUUGAAGCGCUCGAGAACAAAGAGUCGUCGACUUCUCCAACGCCAGCGAGCGAUAUUUAUUCUUUCGGAUGCCUCAUGCUUCAGGUCAUGACAGGUCAACAACCUUAUGCAGAUGCACGGAACGAUGACCAAGUCACUGACUUGAUAGGCAAGGGUAAGAAGCCAACAAGACCCUUGAGUCCACGUAUUGCAGAUUGUUUGUGGGAGGUCAUCGACAGAUGCUGGAAUGAUGUGGAACGUCGCCCCUCUGCCGACCAGGUUGUGGGAUUUUUACAUGAGAUUACGCUAGACAAAUUAUCGGAGAAAUAGCCCAAUCAAUGUAGGAUGUAUAUUUCAUUAUUGUGCCUCACUUAUGAUACUAGUAUGUAUAUGCCGGUGAUAGAUUGUUCAAAAGUUCAAAAUGGUACUUGAUGAACUUGGUGUUCGAGC